CCACACCGGAUAAACGUAUCAAACCACUUAUAGUUGAGCUCUAGCAAGUAAACAAAGUGUUGAGGGCGUGGCAGCGUGGUUAUCGAACCCUCCAGUGAUUGGUUGGAGUUUGUGAAUGACAUUAUCUCUCCCGGCAUUCAGUUUGGCUGACUCACGGUAGCUCGACUUUAAGUUGUUACAAGCUGUUAUCUCGCACUAUCUCUUGCAUUAAAACCCUCUGUGUGCUCCUCGUGGCGUGAUAGGUGGACAUUGCACCACUCCUUUGUACUUCUGAACAGGAAUUUGAUCCCCCAUCACCCCUGCGGACCCGAGUGCCCCGUCCGAUCGGCGCUAUUUGCCCGGUGAGCUGCGGGCGCUCGGCCACUUCGGGCUGGUCCCUCCUAGCGUCAACUUGUGUCCGCGUCUCGGAGUCCCGACCCCGACUCCGACUCCGACUCCGACCAUGGCUCGUCUGACUCUGACUUUCCUCAGUCUGGUUUUCUUCACAUCCGUUCUCGCCGAUUACUGUGAAGAUUUCGAGUCCGGUACCACCGGUGCUUUCUGGACAGGAAACCCUCUGGACGAAUCUGGCAGCUGGGAUGUUCUUCUCGCCUCAGACCUUCGUCAGAGGGUUCCCGACCUUCCAGCGGAGCCCUCCGGGUCCUACUUGGCCUACAUCUCGCCGAAGAACUCGUCCAACUCCUACAUCCACGGCCGUCUGGUGACGACCGCGGCGCUCCCCUACCCGGCCGGCUCCUCCAUCUCGCUCCGCUACUGGAUCCGAUCCCAGUACGUGUCCUCGGCCGCGCUGGACGUGCGAUUUGUGGUGGGCACCGCCGAGCAGCCGACGCCGUUCCUGGACCUGAGCGACCAGAGCGGGCCGACCAACGACCAGUGGCGCACGGUGACGGCCCAGAUCCCCGCCUCCAGCCAGCCCGUCAAGCUGUCAAUUUUUGGCGGUCGCGGUCUGGACCAAUUGGACCAGGUGGCCAUCGAUGACAUCACGGUCCAUGGUCCGGACGGUCUGGACCAUCCGUGCGGCCUCGUACCGGUCUCCACUACAACUCCCCAGGAACCUACCACAACUACUCCGGAACCCACUACAACUACACUUCAAACUACUACAACUACCCCGAAACCUACCACAACUACCCCGGAACCUACCACAACUACUCCGGAACCUACUACAACUACCCCUGAACCUACUACAACUACCCCGGAACCUACCACAACUACCCCUGAACCUACCACAACUACCCCGGAACCUACCACAACUACUCCGGAACCUACUACAACUACCCCUGAACCUACCACAACUACCCCGGAACCUACUACAACUACCCCUGAACCUACGACUACAUCUGAACCCACUACAGCUGCACCUGAGCCUACUACAACUACCUGGGAACCUACGACAACACCUAAACCUACUACAACUACCCCUGAACCUACUACAACUACCCCUGAACCUACCACAACCACCCCUGAAGCUACCACCACUCCAGCGCCCCCUACCACCCCGGCGCCCACCACGCCGUCGCCAGCCCCGCCCACCCACGACCCGGCCUUCGGCUGCGUCUGCUCCCUGGGCACCCACGACCAUUCCUCCGACCACGUGUUCACGCUGGUCGAGCUGCCGCCGCUGCCGGCGUUCGGCUGCGACCACGAGGCGGAGCAUCUCUGCGAGGAGGAGUGCCACACCAGCCGAGAUGUGCUGGAGGCGGCCGGCGCGUGGGACGCCCAGCUGGACGGCGCACGGCUCGGCGACCUGGCCUGCGCCGCCUGGGGACAGGAUGUCACCGACGGACUGGUCACCGCAAUGUACCAGCACGUGUGUGACCUGGCCGAGAAGCACACGGUUAGUUUUGAGCCGCACCUCUGCUGCGCCGGCGGAGUGUAUGUGGAGUGCCGCUGGGGUAUGGCCAGGAACCGGCUGGCGCGCCUCCGGCCCUGAGAGAGGGAGUUUUCCUGUGGGAGGGACGAGUUGUGUAGUGAUGGUGGGUCUGAGGGAUGAGGUUAAUCGACUCUAGUCGUUUUGCUGAGCGGUAAAAUCAUUAAGUUGGUUAGUGUUUGAGGCUGCAGUGAAAACGUAUCUCAGAUUAUGAUAAUAAAGUAUUUACACAGAU